AUGUCUCCAAGUCGAAAGGCAAUCAUUAUCGGCGCCGGUCCUGCAGGCCUUGCAGCUGCUUUGCGUCUGCACCAGCAAACAAACAUCCAAGUCACAAUUUACGAGUUACGUGCAGAGCCCACCACUCUGGGUGGAGCUGUUGGCAUCCUGCCCAACGGCCUUCGUCUCCUGCACCGUCUAGGCGUCUACCAGAAAAUCGCAACUCGCGGCUUCACCAGCUCGAACUUGACCUUGCAUUCUAUGCAGGGGCAUAUUGUUUUUCAACAAGACUUUGUCGGCUGGGCACGAGAGAGAACUGGUUUUGGGUACAUGCGCAUCAAACGCACGGAUCUGGUGAAUGUCUUGCUUGAGGCGGUGCAGGAAGCUAAGAUCCCGAUACGAUUCAACAAGCGGCUGACGACGAUCGAGGAGAGCGAUACGGGUGUGCAGGUCACGUUCGAGGAUGGAUCAAGUGAUACUGCCGACAUGUUGUUUGGGUGUGAUGGCAUCCACUCGUUCGUGCGACGUACCUACGUCGACCCCAUGAAGACCCUGGAGUACUCGGGCAUGUCGGGUCUUGGAUCUAUCAUUCCCACCAGCGUGCUAUCACCCACGACGACCGCUCAGAUUACUGGCCUGGAUACCACGUUGACAGAAGAUGGCAUGCUUGCUGUGAACCCGUGUACAGCUGGGAAAGACGAAAUGUUUUGUUUCUUCUCAAAGGAGGUCACGCUCCCGGAAUCGGGGGAUAGUCGUGACGGCUGGGAAGUACACAGGAAGGAAGAAGUCGAUGGUUUUAAGUCUACUAUGUUGGAGAGUCUUGAGAGUGCACAGGGUGAAUGGGGAGCCGCUCUGAGGGAGGUUCUCAACAAUAUGUCCUCCGUCAACUUCUACCCAGUCUACAGAUUGCCUCCCGGUGGAGUCUGGUCCAAGGGCCGGUGUCUUCUUGUCGGCGAUGCUGCUCAUGCAAUGUCCCCACAUGCUGGACAAGGUGUUUCGAUGGCCCUUGAGGACGUCUUCUUGCUAUCACGCUUGCUGGAGGACCCCAAACAACCGCUUGAUAAGGUCUUUGAUAUCUAUGAUAGGAUUCGCCGACCUCGCAUCAAUGAGAUUUUCAAAUUGGCUGCACAGAACGCUGGAGUGCGAAGGAAGACUGGUCCUUGGGGUUUGUGGCUCAAGGAAGUUCAAUUUUCAAUGGCGAUGAUUCUUUCGUCGGUCUUUGGUGCGGAUAAGAGAGAAUUGCGACAGGGCCAUCUGGUGUACGAUAUUGAUGAAGUGGGCUUGGUCUAG